GGAAGGAAUAAGACUUUGGGGAACGAAAGUAUGUCCAAAAGGAAAUAAAAGGAGAAAAUGAAGGCGACAAGUCAAAUUCAAGUAGAGUAAAGAAAAAGAAAGGAAAAUGAGGAAAUGGAUAGACAUGAGACAAAUGGACAGAAGAAGAAGCAGGAGUCUCGAAAAGAGCGGGCUGGAAAGACCAAUUGACGCAAAGAGGCGGAAGCGGCAGCAGCAGCAGCAGCAGUCGCAGUCGCAGCAAAAACGCGGGCGAGCAACGAUCGAACGACCGAACGACCGACGAACGAACGGGCAGUGGAGAACACGUGAUGGUAGAAUGAAGCAUGCCAGCCCCGAGCCAGCCCAGCAUGGGCGCAGUCAGUGCAGUCAGUGCAGUUCAGUCACCAGUGGAAACACUGGAAAAAGAGAAACGCACGGGCCAGGAUUGAAAAUUAGGUAAUCAUUUUAACAUGAAUCCAGUUCAACCCACUUAGCGCGGAUCCCAAUUUGGCACCAUCCCUCAUGCUUAGCGGCAGCCACGGUUGGCGCCGAUUGUUUCAGCCCGUGACUGGACAAGCCGGGGCAGCUUUCCUGGGUGGAUCGGGGAUCACGCAGGCGGCAGCAGACAGAUUUUCGAUUUCCAGUGCGAGGGGAGACCUUCUGGCUGGUCACGACUCA